GGCGGCCCCGGCCGGAGCAGGAAGGAGCCGCAUACGGGCCUCGGCGAGCAGCUCCCGCGGGGCGGCCAGAGCCUGCUCCGCCCGCCCGCACGGCCCGGCCCGCCCGCCUCGGCACGGCGCGGCCCGCUCCGCUCGCCCGGACCGCUCGGCCCCCGCCCGCCUUCAGCGUGGAAGAUGGCGGGUGGCGUGGACGGCCCCAUAGGGAUCCCGUUCCCGGAUCACAGCAGCGACAUCCUCAGCAGCCUGAACGAGCAGAGGAACAACGGGCUGCUGUGCGACGUGGUCAUCCUGGUGGAAGGCCAGGAGUUCCCCACCCACCGCUCCGUCCUGGCAGCGUGCAGCCAGUACUUCAAGAAGCUCUUCACCUCAGGGUUAGUGGUGGACCAGCAGAACGUGUAUGAGAUAGACUUUGUGAGUGCGGACGCCCUGUCGGCGCUGCUGGAGUUCGCCUACACCGCGACCCUCACCGUCAGCACUUCCAACGUCAACGACAUCCUCAACGCCGCCACGCUGCUGGAGAUCCCGGCCGUCAGGGAUGUCUGCACGGAUCUCCUGGAGAGGAAGAUUCUGGCCAAAAAUGACCAGAUGGAUACAGUAGAUCAAAUUGAUCAGAGGAACCAUCUCAGAGCAAAAGAGUACCUGGAGUUCUUCCAGAGCAACCCCGUGAACGGCCACCAAGGCAACUUUCCGUGGACCAACCCAGAGUUGAGAGACCUUCAGAGACUGAACUUCCGAGGCCAAGAGGAGGAGGAGGAGUCGAACUGCAAUGGCCUGGACUUCUACUCGCAAGCCACCCCAACCGAAAGACCAAAGGCAAGUGACUGUGACCCCGACAGCAACCCGGCCAUGUGGCUGGACCGCGAGGACGAGGAGCCGGUCAGCGGCGGGAUGUUCUCCCCUUCCCAGAACGGACAUUACAGCAGCCGUGGCUUGGCCACCCCGGGAGAAGAGGAGGGGGGCACCCCCAGGGGCCCUCUGGACCCGCAGGAGGCCGGGGACUCGCCCAGCUUCCUGCCCACGGGCACGGAGACGGAGGACGAUGCCAGGGAGGUGGAUGACCUGGCCGCCAGCGCCCUGCUCCAGCAGAUGAUCAACUCGGUGGGGCGGCAGCAGCUCGGCGACGACGACCGCAAGGACGAGGACGGGGUCAUGGAUUAUUACUUGAAAUAUUUCGGCAGUUCCAGCGAGGGCGACGUGUACCCGUCCUGGUCCCAGAAGGUGGAGAAGAAGAUCAGGGCGAAAGCAUUCCAGAAGUGCCCCAUCUGCGAGAAGGUGAUCCAGGGCGCCGGGAAGCUGCCGCGCCACAUCCGCACCCACACCGGGGAGAAGCCCUACGAGUGCAACAUCUGCAACGUCCGAUUCACCAGGCAGGACAAGCUGAAGGUGCACAUGCGGAAGCACACGGGGGAGAAGCCCUACCUGUGCCAGCAGUGCGGCGCCGCCUUCGCCCACAACUACGACUUGAAGAACCACAUGCGGGUGCACACGGGGCUGCGGCCGUACCAGUGCGACAGCUGCUGCAAGACUUUCGUGCGCUCCGACCACCUGCACAGGCACCUUAAAAAGGAUGGAUGCAACGGGAUCCCGUCGCGGAGGGGCCGCAAGCCGCGGGUCCGGGAGGCGGGCGCCAUGCCCCCCACGCCCACGGGCAGCGCCGAGGACGGCGGCGGCGCGGCCGAGCCCGAGGACACGGCGCAGGGCGGCGAGGAGCAGCAGCAGGAGCAGCACUUUGAGGAGAAUUCCAAUAACGAAGCGCCGGGAUUGAAUGUAGCAGGAGGGUCGGAUGAGGGUAACGCGCAAGGACUCUCCUAAACCAAAAAAAAAAAACAAAACAAAGCAAACCCCGACCGAUGAAACGAUGAAAGAACCACCUGAAAAACAAAGUCACAAAAUCUAGUUAGUACUUUUCCUCCGAUUUUUCUCUUUAAAAGAUGUUUCUCUCCCUUUUUUUUAAGGAAAAAAAAAAAAAAGCGACAAAAAAAAGAAAAAAAAAAAAAAGAGAGAUAUUAUAUUAACGUUUUCCAAUCUUCCCAUCGUAAGCGGGGCUCUCCCCCGAGGAUCCCUCAUAGCCAAGGACCUUUUCUUGGAAAGGCAAGGACGCUAGGGAAGCACCAGGUGGGGAUGGAAAGUGGCUCUGUCGCAUGGAAAAGAGCUUCCAUGUAAAUCCAAAGCUUUAUUUUGUGUCCAAACACAUGUUUAAAAAAAAAAAAGAAAAGAAAAAAAAACUUAUUUCAGAGAGAGAUCUAUUUAAGAAAAAAAAAAGGAAAAAAUAGAAAAAAAAAAAAGGAGUGGUAGGAGUUGGAAGGGCUGUGGCAGGGCGGGGUGUGGGAUUUGGGGGCCGGGGGCUCCUUCCCAGGAGAUGGGGGUCAGCAUUUGGGGUCUGUCCCCCCCAGCCCCUGCGAGGCUCAGUCGGGCAGCGAGGGCUCGGGGUGGGGAAAAAAAUUGCUGGAAAUUGCUGGAAAAAUUGCCUAAAAAAACAAAACAAAAAUCAUGUGAGAGAGGGCAGCAAGUUCGGCAGGGUUUGUGUCGGGCACCCGGGGCUGGGGACACGAGGUGGGGACACGAGGUGGGACAGCAGGGGUGGAUUCUGUGUCCACCCCUCUGUCCACCCCUCUGUCCCUCUGUCCCUCCCCAUGUCCCCACAUCCGUCCCCACCCCGCGGUGCCCAGGAAGUGCCUGAGUCAGCCCAGCCCCCGCUGCCGGCAGAAUUUGGGGCUGGGGGGUCCCAAAUCCUCCCCCUCCCCCCCCAGGGAAUUUUUCUUUCCCUCCCCCCCACCAGGGAAUUUUUUCCCCCCACCCCCCAGGGAGUUUUGCCCUCCCGCUGCCCCAAAAACGCCUCCCAAUCCCUCUGGCAGAAAUGUUCUUUGGGGUCUCCCCUAAAGGAGCAGGAGGCCUCGGCCCCCCCAGCCCCAUUCCCAAAAAGAAAAGAGAAGAAAAUCUAUAUAUAAAUAUAUAUCUAGAGAUGCUCUAUGGCUGGAGAGGCGGGUCCCGACCCUCGGGGGGAAAAGGCACCUUUGAGUUGGUCACCUGUUUUCUAAAUGCACAUUUUUAAAUGCUAAAAAAAAGAAAAAAAAAGAAAAAAAAAGAGUAAAAAACCAGAGAGAUUUUAAGCCCUUUUAUUUUCAAAGCACUUUUUAGAUUCUCUUCCUUUUAUUUUAAUUUUUUUGUUGGUUUUUUUGGGUUUUUUUCCUUUUUUUUUUUUUUUUUUUCUUUUGGUGUUUUUACUUUCAAAAGAAAAAAGCAAAGAGCAGGUUUUGGCCGAAUGUAUUUUGGAGAGGGAGUGAGAGGGGAGUGUGUGCUGGGGGUGGGGUGAGUGGUGGGGCUGGGGGAAGAGAUGGAUGUUUAUUUAAUGCAGAAAAACAAAAAAAAGCAAUAAAAAAUUCCAAAAAAAAGCUUAAAAAUAAUAAUAAAAAAAAAAAAAGAAAACAAAGAA